UGUAGGUUUUAAAGAUGUAACAACAGAGUUUGUGUGUCAGUGUAUAUGUAUUGCUAAAUCGUAAGAAUAGUGUAGUCAAACGUGUUGUGAUUCUUUUCUAUUUAACGCCCCCCCUCCCCUUACUCCAGGUUACAGUUACAUUCACUCUCCAAUCGUCCACACGCACAGUGCCUCUCUACCUCACGAUCCCAGCGACGCCUCCUCGUACCCCUUCCCCUCGCCCCACCACCACCACCUCAACCACCCUCGCGUCAGCACCUCUUCGGCCCCCGGGAAUUUCCCGCCGGGCGACCACGCCUUCUUCAGUCCUACUCCGUGGGGAGCUGUACCGGUAGGUAGCAUUCCGGAGGGAUUUGAAGGUAGCGGUGUCGUCGGACGAGACAUGAGUGUGCGCAUGAUGGGAGCUAACGUGAGUCAGGAGCAGCAAGCAGCUUGGGCCGCGGCCAACGGCAGUCAACAGCAGCCGCAGGACAAGAGGGUGGCUUUUCUGGCCGAGGCAACGACUAUUCCGGCGCCACCUCGAAGUAUUCUGAAGACUUCGGCUCAGUACGAGGAAGACUCCGCCCACCAGAGACAGACCACGCCCCCUGUCAGGGAGAGUACACCGACCAGAGCUGCGUUCCAAGGAUCAGUUGAGAGACGAAGGAACAAGAAGGAAUACAAAGACUCCAGCAAAUACGUCGUCUACUCUCCGGACGACGACGACAGCAGCGAUGAAGAAGGUAGCUCUAAUGAAACAGACAGUCCAGAGUACUAUGAUGAAGAUGAUGGAAUUGAAGAUCAAGUCCUCAAGUUUGGGAAUAAAGUCAUCAGGUCAGACAGCAUCGCUCUUCUAAGGCUCAAAAGAACGCACGACAGAAUGGACAUUGAGAUCCAACCACAGUCGGUAAGAGACAGUGCUGCCAGUAAUCUGAUCAGAAAGCUGAGUCAGCGACCGAGCAGAAACGAACUCCAGGAGAGGAACAUAAUUCCUGAGGACCGCAGGAAAAAGGAGGAGACAUUUGAAGAGAUAAAGGCGUUGUUGGAGAGGAAGCUCAGCAGACGACCGACGGUCAAGGAACUGAGGGAACGUAUGAUUUUAAUGUGAGAGGGCCCCCGACCCCCUUAAAUUGAAUCCAAUUCCGUUUAUAUUAGAGAUCUACUUGCAUGUCACGGAUACUAGUGAGUAACACCUCCUUCCACAUCUUUCCAACAUUAAUCAACAACGUACAUACAUACAUACGUAUUAUCUUUCAUUUCACAUUUCACGGAUAAUAGGAUGCAGUGAGUAACAACUCCUUCCACACAGUGUAUGAUACAUUAAUUAUCUUUCCAACAUUAAUCAACAACGUACAUGCCAGAGAGAGAAGUUGCGGUAUGCUCUGCUGAUGAGGGCUAAUAACAAGCCCGAAACAGCUGUCCAGAGCUCCCCAUCUUUUUUCUCUUGGCAUCAUACAUACAUAUUAUAUACAUACAGUAUUAUCUUUCAUUUCACAUUUCAUGUACCAAUAGACCAUGUUCCUACUCGUAAUCUUGCAGACAUUUUGCUGACUAUGCUGAAGUCAUUGAAUGUGAAGACUACGACAGAAGAGCCGACAAGCCCUGGAUCAGGUUACGCCCCGAAGACAAGGCGGCCAUCCGAAAGGAAUUGAACGAAUUCAAACGUCACGAAAUGACGGUUCAUCCCGAGAGCGAAUACAUGACGAGGU